AUUAUGGACCGGAUAAGCUGUGAGAUUCCUGUGGACGAGCUGCCAACCGUGCACCCUGGGAACGAGACAAGCAGCAGCGAAGACCCAGCAACAGACACGGGAGGACAGCAGGACAAGGAAGAGGACAUUCUAUCGGAGGAAACGUACGGGGGAAACUCUGCCCAUCCUCCCUUACAGAGUCAAACAGAGCAGACGGACGGGCCUGUGGUGAAAGGUACUGUGGACAAACGCUACAAAUGUGACCAGUGUGACUACAGGACAACUGAGGGGUCUCACUUAACUAUUCAUAAGAGAAAACAUACUGGUCAGAAACCGUACAAAUGUGACCAGUGUGACUAUUCUGCAUCACGGAAAGGCCAUUUAGAAGAACACAUGUCUAAACACACUGGAGACAAACCCUACAUGUGUGGGGAGUGCGGAUACAGGACAGCGGACAGACGUAACCUAUCCAGGUACAUGAGAAAACAUACUGGGGAAAGACUUUACAAAUGUGAUCAAUGUGACUAUUCUGCUACACAGAAAGUCAAUUUAGACACACACAUGGCUAGUAAACACACCGGACACAAUCCCUACAAAUGUGACCAGUGCGACUAUUCAGCUUCAAGGAAAGGCCAUUUAAAACAACACAUGCUUAGACACACCGGAGAGAAACCCUUCAUGUGUGGGGAGUGCGGAUACAGGACUGCUUACAGGUCUAGCCUAACGCUGCACAUGAGAAAAUAUACAGGUGAGAAACACUACAAAUUUGACCAAUGUGACUAUUCUGCUGCACGGAAAAGUGAUGUGGACAAACACAUGGCUAAACACACUGGAGACAAACCCUUCAUGUGUGGGGAGUGUGGAUAUAGGACCACUGACAUGUCUAGCCUAACGCUGCACAUGAGAAAACAUACGAGGUGA